AUGACCUUUCUGCGCUACUCCCAUGGUCAGCUCAUCUUCUACGACAACAAUGGUUUCCAUAUUGUUAAUCCAUUCAGUGGCACUAAGGUUGGUCCUCCUUCCCUCCAGUCAGUUCACUUCACUUGCAUCAGCUAUUUCACCUUAACUGCCCCUGUUGCAUCCGCUGAUUCGCAUCUCCUUGUCGGUGCUGGAGCCUAUCUGUUCCUGUGGCGCAUCGGGAGCGACUCUUGGACAAAACACAGCCCUAAAGUUGGUCGUUUUUCGAUUGAACAAAAUGUGGCCUUCAAGGGCAAGACAUAUGCCCUAGGGUCUUUCGGGUGGUUCUACAUCAUUCACUUGUCACCCAGUCUCAUUGUUGAGAAGUUUAAAGUUGUGUUCGAGGAAGAUAAAACCGAAGAUCUCUAUUCGGCAAAUGAAAAAGCAUGGCUAGUGGUGUGUGGUGACACGCUUCUCUUGAUCAAACUUGUGGAGGCGGGAAGACGGAUGCACUCGGAGGCCUUCCAGUUCAUGGCCUUCAAGCUUGAGUCAUUGGACAGCAUGACCAAGAAGGCAAGGUGGGUGAAAGUGAACAAGUUAGAUAACUGGGCCAUCUUUAUCAGCGUUGACGAGCGGUGCGAGGCGUUGCCGUGCAUAAACCCGGAGGGAUGGGGAGGGAGGAGCAACCACAUAUACUUCCCAGGUUAUCAGUCUAAAAAACCUUGGGCUGCAGUUCAACUAUGGAAAAAAUGUUAUUACCAUUCGACACAGCUCUUCAACACUGGAAGACGUUACCUGAAAUUGGAGUCAACCUGGGUCUUCCCCGCGCGUUUCCUUGUUACGUCCUGCGAUGAUCUUACGGCCGUGAGUGCGGUUGAUGAUUAG